AUGCUUAAGCCUCGUUGCACGUGCUGCAACACAGUCAAACUGGCUUCCUCAACUGUUCCCAGUUUUCAAGUCAACACCGACUUCCAGACUCCGCUGAUAUUUGACGAGUCUGCCGACUAUUCGGACUUGGAAGAAUCUUGCUUUGCCGGCGCUUACUCUGACAGCCUCCUGGCAAAAUCGGAUCUCGAGUUGUCGAUGUCUAGCUUUCAGAAACCACCGCACAAUGGUCUAGAAGGACCUUCUAUGCAGGAAAACUCGUUCCCUUCAAACUACGGCCAACUGCCUUUCAUGAACACCAUGUACGCAACCUCUCAGGAGGAUUUGGGUAGCCCAGAUACAGAUAGUCUGCAUUACGUCCCAUCUCAAGGGUACGCAGCCUCUGGAUCUUUCGAUGAUGCCCAGUCUCCUGGCUUCGAUACCCCUAUCAACUCUUCUCCAGAGAUUGUCUCGUUUGUUCCCCAGAGAGGCUCGGAAGGUACCCAUAUCGCAGUUCGGGUGAUCUCGCCAUUCGACUUGCACUCGACAGCUCGCGCCGUCUUCAUCUCGUUUGGAUCCCGCCAAUGCGAGUGCAACGUCACCAUGAUUGACAACCACAACGCACAAUUCGGCUAUCUCUUCACUGUCCAAGCGCCAAACUUCUCCUUGACCAUGUCCCCUUCAUUCGAUGUCCUUUUGCAGCUCGUCAUUGAUGUUCCUGCCGCGGGUGGCCCUCUUGUGCUUCAAGUCGGAACCUUUUCCUACGAGCAGUACUUGCAAGCCCCCGUCGAUGACUCAAGGAAGAGAAGCCUCUCGACUUUCCCUGAGAAUGCAAGCUAUCGUCCAGCGAAGCGCCACUCGGCCCAUGAAUUCGAUACUAAAGCUGCAGUUGAACUCCCCACGCAUGCACGUUCAGCCUCUUACACUCAAUUCGUGCAGACUCCCGUGACUAGGAGCGUCUAUCCUACUCAGUAUGAAAUGGAAAACUCUCCUCGUCUGCCGUUGGGUGGUUACGCUACUCCGUCGACCAGUCUUCAGCCUGUUCAAGCCUCCUCUCCAAUGAUUUCUGCUUGGAGCCCUUCAGUGUCUGUUACUGAUUUGUCUGUUGUCCAUGCCCCAUCGUCUGUCAAUAUGUCAGUCUCUCAAUCGCAGAACCCAACCUUGAUCCGUACCUCAACUUUGCAGCAUGGACACAGCCUUAGUACAUCGCAGCCAUUCAAUCCAUAUGCGAUGUACCCCACCAAGGCGGUACUGGAAUUGAACGGAGAUCUUGACUCCAUGGCAGUUGGCUGGACUGCUCAAGAGAAAGCCGCAAAGCGUCGUCUGGUUCAAUUCACGCGAUCCCAGAAUGGCAGCACUAUUCAUGCUGACUUCAAGCCAAUCACUCCUGAAGAACGCACUCCAAACAGUAUCUGCAUUAGCUGCAUCCAUUGGGAGGGUAAAGAUGAAUGCUUCGUCACUAGUGUGGAUACAAUCUAUCUUCUAGAGUCCUUGGUUGCCGUACGAUUCACUGUCGAGGAAAAGAACCGCAUUCGUCGCAACUUGGAGGGCUUCCGUCCUUUGACGGUCUCCAAGGCCAAGGCUGAUAGUGAAGAAUUCUUCAAGGUCAUCAUGGGAUUCCCUGCCCCCAAGCCUCGUAACAUCGAAAAGGAUGUCAAAGCUUUCCCCUGGAAGAUUCUUUCCCUGGCACUCAAGAAGAUCAUUGGCAAAUAUUCUGCAAGCUAUUCAUCCACUGCCGGAGCACUUCCCGGCUUAUUGAGUGCUAGUCAUUCUAUGAGCUCGGAUCUUGGGACUGAGUCUCAUACUGCUUCUUCUCCGCAGUCGGUUGCGGAAUCUACAGCUUCGAGCGCAUACCCAGUCAACUUCAGCUCAGCCACGUUCGCGCCAUCACUUAUGCCAGUAACCUCCGGUCUCGACCCUGAUUUCGCCGUCACUCACUCAGGGCCACACCCUGGUUACACUGCUACCAUGGGCCAUUCUUUCCAAUUCGAGCCAACUUUUCAAUCUGAUCAGGCGCUCGUGCAUCAGCCAUCCUGGGACUUUACCUCUUCGUCCCAGACCGAGGAUUUCAACUACAUGAAUAUUCCAUACUCGAUGGCCUGA